CCUUCCGCUUCCUCCUGCCUUCUGUCUCGCUGCUGCUGCUCCUCGGUCAGGGCGCCUGUCCAGGCUCUCAUCACCCCCGGUGCCUGCAGAAACGCUCCGUGCCCCGAACUGUCACCACCACCGCCCCCCAGGCCUCGGACACGAUGCAGGCCAUCAAGUGUGUGGUGGUGGGAGAUGGAGCCGUGGGCAAGACGUGCCUGCUCAUCAGCUACACCACCAACGCCUUCCCGGGAGAGUACAUCCCCACUGUGUUUGACAACUAUUCAGCCAAUGUGAUGGUGGACAGCAAGCCUGUGAACCUGGGGCUCUGGGACACGGCUGGACAGGAGGACUACGACCGCCUCCGGCCGCUCUCCUACCCGCAGACGGAUGUCUUCCUCAUCUGCUUCUCCCUCGUCAGCCCAGCCUCCUACGAGAAUGUCCGUGCCAAGUGGUUCCCCGAGGUGCGGCACCACUGCCCGAGCACACCCAUCAUCCUGGUGGGCACAAAGCUGGACCUGCGGGACGACAAGGACACCAUUGAGAAGCUGAAGGAGAAGAAGCUGGCGCCUAUUACCUACCCGCAGGGCCUGGCACUGGCCAAGGAGAUUGACUCGGUGAAGUACCUGGAGUGCUCCGCCCUCACCCAGAGAGGCCUGAAGACCGUCUUUGACGAGGCGAUCCGCGCUGUCCUGUGCCCCCAGCCCACACGGCCGCAGAAGCGGCCCUGCAGCAUCCUCUAGGGGACGUACCCAGCCCUCCCAGCCGUGGGAGGUGCUUCUGACCCUUCAGGGCCCCCAGCAAAAGCCCGACGGCACCCCGGCUGGCCAUGCUGUCCCCUCCCUGUGGCGUCUCUUAGCCGAUGGCUUCAGAGCUUGGUUGAUCGUCUUCUCUGUGCUGGAGGCCCUCUGGGGCCCGAAGGGUGUAAAUUUGUAGGCGCUGCAUCCCCAUCCUCUCAUGCUCCUGCACUCCCAGGGGCCAGAGGGGAGCCCCAGGACCCAAUAAACCACCCCUGCGUUGCUGCGGUCAGACGCCCCCACAUAGCAUCAUCUACCUGUAUAUGCCUUCCAUCCAAUGCCUGAAUUCCCUCUGGAAACAUCAGGCCAGAUGGUUGCCAGCCACCACUCGUGUAUGUUCAGGGACAAGUCUCUCCCUCCUGAGGCAGUGUACUCCAAUAUCGAUGGUUUUUCUUGUCUGAAAGUUCUCCUACUGAGCUAAAAUGUCUCAGCAGUUUACUUCUCUGGUCUUAGUCCUCUUUUGGGACAACAUAAAACAUUCAGAUUUUCUAAAAUGUCUGCGGGCAUCUGCCCAGCCAGUCAAGAGGCUGGGUCCAGCUGACUCCUGCCAUCUCAAGCCUUUCUGCUCCACUCACAGGAUCCUGAGCUGCAUUUACUUGUGAGAGUCUUAAGACUUUCAGACCCUGCCAGUCAGGACUUUUGCCAUUGCAAAUAGAAACCCAGUUCAACCUGCUUAAGCAGAAAAUAAAUUUAUUGAUUCAAGUUUGGAAAUAUCAUGACUUCAGGUAUAGCUUGAUCAAGGGGACUCGAUGGUAUCAUUAGGGCUCACUUUCCUGUACCUCUUUGCUCUACCUUCUGCUGUCUGGUUCAUUCUUAGGCAGGUGACUCUUAAGGCUUCAUCCUUCCAACUUCAAGUUCAGUUUAAAAAAAAAAAGCAAGUGUCUGCCGCAGGCAAAGUUCUGAUUCAGGCUCACUCUGAUUGGACUAGCAUAGGUCUUGGGCUGUCCCUUCAACCAAUUAUAUUUGUUAGGAAGAUGCUGUGGUCCGAUUGGUCAAGUCUGGGCUACAUGCUGCACAGAGCAAGGAGUGGAGGCAGCCCCGGGCCAAACCACACACUCUAGGUGAAGGGGGGUUGGGUCUGAAAUGGAGACUGAGAACCUUACCGGAAUUUGGGAAUAUGGGUGUUAAGCAACCAGAAACUCCCAGUCGCCACUAUUGGAGGUCCCAGGAAACUGUCUGAACGGUGUAAAGAAGCAAUGCCAGCCCCAGCAGGCCCUAAGCACAGUCAAGUUUCUUUAAAAGAGAGAUGAGGCUGUGGUAAGGACUUAAGAAGUUCAUCCGUAAGGGUCAUGGUACCAGGUGUGGAGCCUGUCCCACCUCCGUGUUCACUAACUCAUGAGUGCCAGACUUUCCCAUCCUGAAGACGAUUCCGCUUCUCUGUCUAAGCUUCAUCCAUUCAUUCAACACAGAUUUACUGAGCACCUACUCCUUGCCAGGCACUGUUCUAGGUGCAGGGGUCCAGCGGUGCACCUGAAUUCUUGCCCUCAGGGGCUGACACUCUAGAGAAGCUAAAAGAAAGGAAUGAAAACAGAGAUCUAAGACCCCGUUCCUGACAACACGGAAGUCCCCCAAUCCCCAGCCAGGGAAACACUGUGGGCUUCCAUUCCCCACUCUCCCAGAGCUCCUGGCCACCUCCACUGCCCUCCUAAGUCCUGAAGUUCCAAGGCAAGACCUCAGCUUAUUUGCCUCCCAGGAGACCCACCCUCUUGAAAGGGACAGGGUGCAGGGGGAAACCCCAGGGCCUUUCCUGGUCUCAGCUCAGACAAGAUCGUUGUGCUUUUAAAGUUACUUCUCCUCUGAAACAAACCAAAAAUCCACUAAGUCUCCCCAUUCCCACCCCCAUACACACACACGACACAUGACACAGACACAGAUGUGUAGGGGUCAGACCCCAUACAUUAAUACGUUCAGUGUUUAAAAGCCCCGAGAAACCCCUUCCAGUGGGCCAGAAUAGAGGAGAGCCUCUCUGUUCCCUGCUCUUCUGGGGCCUUGGGAUAAAUUGAGGACCCUCCUGGUGGCCCUGGGGCCUGGCCACACCCCGCCUCCCUCUCUCCUGUGCUCACACCUGCUCUGCCAUGUGUUUCUUCCACUGAGCCCACCCCAAUGGACACAGUCCUUGCUUUAUACCAAUAAUAACAUCAGUAAAUAAAUUCUCUCACCA